AUGGAAGAGCUGAGCGCUCCACUUGCCAAGAGACGGAAACGCGACGAACCGGACGGGCAAGGGCGCUCGGAGGACGGCGAUCUUGGCGGCGACCCAGAUGCUGGCGUCGACCUUAUCAGCCUCCUCCCCGACGAGAUCCUCGGCAGCGUCAUCUCGCUCCUCCCGACCAAGGACGGCGCGCAGACCACCGUGCUCUCCUCCCGGAUCCUCGCGGCACACGGCGGGCCGGCACGCUGCCUUUCCCUCCGCAGCCUCUACGGCAAGUUCGACGCCUGGUUCGGCUCCGCCGCCCUCAACAGCCUCGAGCACCUCGAGUUCGGGUACGCUGGCGAGGGACGCCAUGGCAUGGACCCGGACCCCAGGCCGCCGCGCCCGCUGCCGCCGUCCGCGCUCCGCUCCGCCGCGACGCUCCGCACGGCCUACAUCAGCGGCAGCGACUUCCCCGCCGCCGCCGCCGCGCCGUGCCUCCCGCGGCUGACGAAGCUAACCCUCCACAGCGUCGCCAUCGCCGAGGACGUCCUCCACCGCCUGCUCGCCGGCUGCGCCGUGCUCGAGAGCCUGGGUCUCGAGGACAGCCGCAGGUUCAACGCCGUCCGGAUCGCCUCGCCGACGCUCCGGAGCGUCGGCUUCUCCGUUGCCGCCGAGACGGAGCUCGUGAUCGAGGAUGCGCCAUGCCUCGAGAGAUUGAUGCUGCUCGACCCGUAUAGCGGCCCAAAGAUCGUCAAGGUUAUCAGGGCGCCUCAACUGAAGGUGCUCGGUUACCUGUCCAACAAAAUCACCAAACUUGAUCUUGGACCUGUGAUUAUUCAGGAAACGAUGGUCGUCAGUUCAACAGCCUCGCUGCGCAAAGUAAAGGUUUUAGUUCUUGAGUCCACUGGACCAAAUCUGGACACAAUCGUUGGCUUCCUUAAAUGUUUUCCAUGCUUGGAGAAGCUCUACAUCACGUCAUUUCUGCGGAAGAAUAUGAAAAAUACACGACGUUACAAUCCACAGGAACCUAUUGAAUGCCUUGAUCUUCAUCUCAGAUAUGUAAUACUGAACCAAUAUCAAGGAAUGAGACCAAAUGUGAACUUUGCCAAGUUCUUUAUCUUGAAUGCAAGAGUGCUCAAGGCCAUGAAAUUUGGUGUCGUUGUCGGUUGCACUGACAAAUGGAUGGAGAAUCAACAUAGGCGGCAACAACUUGAUCACAAGGCUUCUCCAGAUGCUCAGUUCGAAUUUCAAAGAGAUUAUUGCUGGCGAAAUAUUUUAUAUAACAACCACGUCCGUGAUCUGCCCACAAUUGACCCUUUUGAUGGAUCGAUUUGUUGAUGCUGGUGAUGACGGCUUUCAAAUGGAAACUCCUCAUUUUAUCUAGCUAGCUAGUGUGCUGUGUUUGCUUAGAAUAAUAAUAUUGUAAUAUUUUCUUUGUAGUAACGGUUCAUUCCUUUUCUUCAUGCCA